AUGGGCCAUCGCGUAACGUCUUUGGUUGCACCAGCUUUGCGCGCUGCUUCCCUUUCUUUUCCUUAUUUGCUUGGCUUGAUGGAAGGAUACGAUACCCACAGCAUUUUUAUCUGUUGCAACUCUAGCUGCCUUGGUCCUAAAGGGCGUCAAGCUGGUGUAUAUGUGUCUGGCAUGUUGUUUGCUCUAGGAUGGUGGAUGUUCAUUGAUACUCUAAGCUUUUCGUUCACAUUGACCGAUCGCAAGGUGUUAUUUGGUGUUGAAGACUGGGUUCCUGGCAUUAUCACGACGCUAGGCAUGAUUGUUGUCUGCCUGAUAGACAAAAGCUCUCUUCGAGAUUCAUGGGGCGAAUCAGGAUCUUGGCAAGCUCGCUUAUGCUUGUUUUUGGGGUUUGCUAUGAUGGCAGGUGGUUUAGCAGGCGCGGUUAGUGUGCUAGUGGUAAAGUACAUUAUGCGCGAUCUCGACUCUGCCGACUGCUACCCUGGUAUCGGUAUUGUAGUACAAUGCGGGCUUCUUAUGCUCAGCACUGCCAUUCUCUGGAUAUCACAGACAGAAGAACCAUCUUUUCGCAUUUAA